UGGCGCGGAGCUGCCGGCGCGGAGCGGAACGAGCGGGGCAGCGGCGCGGCCAUGGCGUCGGGCAAGGACCGCCCGCCGCGGGGCGAGGGCUGCGCGGAGCUCCGCGCUGACCGGAGGACGAGGAAGCCGCUGGUGGAGAAGAAGCGCCGGGCGCGCAUCAACGAGAGCCUGCGGGAGCUGCGGCUGCUGCUGGCCGACAGCGAGUUUCAGGCGAAGCUGGAGAACGCGGAGGUGCUGGAGCGGACGGUGCGGCGGGUGCGGGCCGUGCUGGAGCGCCGCACCCGCGGGGGCGGGCGGCGGCUCCUCGACGCCAGCGAGCGCUUCGCCGCUGGCUACAUCCAGUGCAUGCACGAGGUGCACACCUUCGUCUCCAGCUGCCCCGGCAUCGACGCCACCACGGCCGCCGAGCUGCUUAACCACCUGCUGGAGUCCAUGCCCCUCAACGAGGGCGGCUGCCCGGACUCGAUCACGGACGUUUUGGGGGAGCCCGCCCUGGGCCCCUGGCCCGCCGGCGAGAUGCUGGCCCUGCCGGCCCCGGCGCUCUCGCCCUCCCCCAGCGAAGAGACCUGCUCCGACUCGGACGAGGCGGAGGCCGAGCCGGGCCAGACCUCCACGGACGGACUGGACGCGUCCCAGACGCAGGGCCUGCCCUCGCCCGGCUCGCCCAAAUCCAUGUGGAGACCCUGGUAACAGAGGAGUGGAGGCAGACCUCGCACUGGGGGCGGGCAGGGUGCCCCCGCUGCAGCCGCACACGCGCGGCUGUGUGAGCGUGGCUGUGUGCUGUGUGUGCGUGCGCGGCUGGCAGCGCUCUGAUGGGGACUGCACCACGGGCACUCCGACGCUGUCACACCCUGACAGCCUAAUAGCGAACGCGUUAACAUUUCAUCCGUGUGGGGGGGGGGCAUUUUGUAACUUUAGGGGUUGUUUUUAUGAGAGGAUGGGGGAAGGAGGGAGUUGGUUUGUAGUAGCAAAGCUCUCUGGUGGAGGCAUAGCAGUUAUUUUAUAACCCUGUCUCUUUCUUGGCCCUUCGAAGUGGCCCAAAUACCGCUACCCUUUUAAGAAAAAGCCCUUGUGCAUUUUAAAUCAUGAUGGUUAAUUCCAGGAGAAGCUCAAGCUGUCUGCAUGCACGGUUUUAAGUGUUCUAGUAAUAGCACAAACCCCUGAAAGGUGGCGGUGGGGGUAGUAUCUGUACCUGGUAGCAGUCUAAAGUCUCACUUUUAGGGGAGGGAAAGAAAACUAGAAAACUGGUGGAAUUAGACAAAUACUUUAAAAGAUAUUGGCGGCAGGGUGCCUCUUAGAAAUGAGUGUCUUUAUGCACAUUUUGCUUUUAGCUCAUUUGAGUUUAUUGUGACUUUAUGUAUAUUAGGGUGUCAAAUGUUUUUUAUUUUUAAUCUUUAAUAAAAAAACUGAAUUCACAACAUGGCA